AUUAACAAUUGCAAGCGAUCAAAGUACAACUGCACAAGCGCUAGACGUGUGAACACAGCACACGAACCAGCACUGUAGUAUAAGAGGCGGGCCGCCAAACCAAAUGGGCAUCAUCCUGUUGUAGACUUAUAAUACAUGCUCAUAAAGAGACUAGUGACAACAUUCUGUAGCCAUGACCAACGAGUAUCGUCGUCUCGCCGGUUCUCGAGCGUGUUUCAUACCGCUCCUGAUCAGCAUCGCAUUCGCUGUGGGCUAUCUGAUGGGUCACCGAUCGCCCGUCCAAUCAGCAAUUGUCGAACACCGUUCGCCAGGAAAAAUUGUUAACGCGAACGGUCCCCGAAAGAUCCAACGACCGGCGCAAUCAGGCAACGUUCGGCAGGACCCAAGGCAGUACCCGUCAACGCUAGAUCAGCCCAGGCCGAACGCUGUUCCCGACAUACAAAACGCUUCCCCCUCACGCAUUUUCUCUGCUGCGAACCAAGCGCCCAGAAUCAAUGACGACGCGAACGAGCCUCGUGAGAAACCGGGACCGGCGCAAGCUGGCAACGUUCGGCAAGAAACGGGAAAUUACGAGGCACGUGAGAAACCGGGAACGGUGCAAGCUGGCAACGUUCGGCAAGAUACGGGAAAUUACGAGGCACGUCAGGAACCGGGACAGGCGCACGCCGGCAACGUUCCGCAACAAACGGGAGAUAACGAGCCACGUGAGAAAACGGGACCGGCGUACGCCGGCAACGUUCCGCAAAAAACGGAAAAUUACGACUCAAAUGGUUCCGGCAACACCAAGCCCGGGCGUCGGCCGUUAGCGUUCGAGAUCGUUGUCUCCCACUUCAACGAGCCGCUGGAUUGGCUGAAACCGUACGCAAAACAAUCUGGCCACGUGUACAAUAAGGGAUUCGACCGAGGUCCACCAUUUGACAUGUACAAAUGGGAAAGGUUACCGAACGUCGGGCGAGAGUCUCAUACCUAUCUGUAUCACAUCAUAGAGAAUUACGACAAUCUCGCUGACGUUACAGUCUUUUUGCAAGGGCACGGGUCCGAUCCCGAUAAAGCCUUUUGCUUUGCUGAUCCAAAACAAUUCUUCAUCAAUGCCAAGAGGAACAUCUUCUGCAAGCAGAGCGGCAGAUAUUCCAACUGGGGUCGCAUACAACAUAUCGGUAAAUGGCUUCAGCAAUUUAACACUGGCAAAAUGCGAGCCGCGAGCAUGACCGUGGGCGAAUUCUACAAGAUCUUGUUUGGUACCCAACCUCCUCCCGCAGUGCAAAGGUGUUUAACCAGUUGCUUUUCUGCCACCAGAGAAAAUCUGCUUCGGCGCCCGCUGACCUUUUACCAGAAGGCCAUAACGUUUGUGAACGAUCACAAUAACCCGGAGGAAUCUCACUAUUUCGAAAGACUGUGGUCCGUCAUCGUUAAUGCUUCUUAAACGAAGUGUGCAAGAUACUGUUUAAUUGUGGGCAAUCUGGCUAUGUGGCAAUAUUAUAUAUCGUUUGUUGAUGAAAUCUUGUUUUAAAACCAUGGGUAUGAGGUAUUUUGCUUUCUAGUAUGAUUCACCGACGUUUAAACACUGUAUACUCAGUGUGUUACCUCCCGAAUGAAA